CACACAUACACCUCUGUGCGCGCGCGCGGAUUACCCCGACUGCAGUAGAGCCUAUGGCGUCCGAGCGUCUCCCCAGCAGGCCUGCCUGCCUCCUCGUGGCCAGCGGCGCCGCGGAAGGAGUGUCGGCCCAGUCCUUCCAUCACUGCUUCACACUAGCCAGCGCUGCCUUCAACCUACAGGUGGCCACCCCUGGGGUGAGUCCAGCUGCAAUCCUCCACCUCCCUUUCUGGGGCGAGGCCAGGAGCAGGCUGUUGCUCCUGGGACAAGUGGGGAAGACCAUGGACUUUGUGGAUGUGAACGAGAACAGUGCGCGUUGGGUACGGGACUUUCGCCUCAAGGCCUACGCCAGUCCCGCCAAGCUCGAGUCCAUCGACGGUGCCCGGUACCACGCCCUCCUGAUUCCCAGCUGUCCUGGGGCCCUGGCCGACCUGGCCAGUAGCGGGUCGCUGGCCCGCAUCCUGCAGCACUUCCGCUCCGAGAGCAAGCCCAUCUGCGCCAUUGGCCACGGUGUCGCCGCCCUGUGCUGUGCCACCAACGAGGACAGGUCCUGGGUGUUCCAAGGCUACAGCGUGACAGGGCCCUCCGUGUACGAGCUCGUCAGGGCCCCAGGCUUCGCCCACCUGCCCCUGGUCGUGGAGGACUUUGUGAAGGACGCAGGCGCGAGCUUCAGUGCCAGUGAGCCCGACGCAGUGCACGUCGUGCUGGACCGCCACCUCGUCACAGGCCAGAACACGCAGUCCACUGUCCCUGCCGUGCAGAACCUGCUGUUUCUCUGUGGCAGCCGGAAGUGACGUGCAGGUGCCCACUGAGCCACCUACCUGCCAGUGGACGCCACCAUCUCCAGGCGGUUCAGGUGUCCCCAGAGGCAGCUAGAUGCCUCUGGCCCGCAGGGACCCUGCCUCCACACUUGCCCAAGUGACCCUGUACUCCAGUCAGGCCC